UAUAGUUUCAUUCUCUACCAUUGUCUGUGUAUUAAACCUCAUUCAAUUUACAGAGUAUUGAAAAAUGAUUGUUGUGAUUAUAAGCCAGGGUAUGAAGCAGUUUUAACCGUUACUAUUUUGCUAGGUUGUAUACAAAGAAAAAAUAUGACAGAGUGGAAAGUAUUUAAGAAAAUAUAGAAUCCAUUAGAUUGAAUGAGGAUAUUUAUACUACUUGGUGCUUGAUGGAGCCCUGAAACAAUUGGCGCCAUCUUCGGGAAAGUUGACAUCAUUAAAUGACAAAACCAGAGAUUUCCAAUAUAUGCCUAGUGGCUAGAAAAGGCAUACUUCAUAAAAGGGGGUUUCCUGUACUAAGACCACCACAGGAAUAAAUCACAGUAUUUUAUAAAAUUUAAAUAAAUGUAAUUAAUGUCUAAAAUUCAGUUAAGGAUGUAUGUUAAGUGAAUGUACGCUAUCUCUUUAAAUAAUACAAUUUUACUGUCCACAUCAAAUGUGACUGCAGGCGCUUUAGAGAUAUACGAGAAUGGCGUUUUGGCCAAUCAUGGCGCAGAAUGUUAUUACUGACAAGCUGUUCAUCCAAUAAAAGUCAGCCAUGGGCGGGGUUUGCGUGAAGUUCGGGAUAGUGAACUACACUGUUUUCCUUACUCGACUUCACGACAGGAUAAUGAUAGGCAACGAACCGUUGAUUAAUCACUCGCGUGAAGUGCAAACAAAAGCAGCGGGUAAAGUGUCACGUUUUUAUAAAAUAUAAAAAACGCUUCUUCAGCGUCCGACGAAGGAAUAUAUACGGAUAUACUGACGUCCAUUCGACCAGUCAAACUGUUAAAAUUGGGGAGUUUUCCACACAAAAUCUUUAUUGCCCGACGAGGGUUCCUUUGCGCGUGCACAGCAAUGCCGAUAAUUUCAUCUGGACAAAUCGGUCUAACGGAUACUAUAACAUCUGAAAGAAAUGUGCUUGUUUUAUAAUGUGUCCUGGAGUCUAUUGAAUAACUGGCUGACGUGGGGAUCACGCAGGGGGGCUGGCCGAAAAAGGAGAGACACGGGCGGGCAGAGGGGCUACGCCGCCGCGCGUCUGGGAUUACAGUAAACACUAUUUGUUUCUUCAAUAACUUGAUAGGCUUUGACGAGAUAAUGCAAUCGCUGGCAUAUAAAACGCGAAGGAAACCAUGUAGCAUGUCUUGUUGUAGGGGUUCUGAGACUCUCAGACUGACCACUGCCUAUAAGUUCAUGGAUGUUUACGUCAGUGAAUGAUUUGGAAGUUUGUAAAGUUCGUAAAGGCCAUCGACCACUGCUGUAUGAACUUUGUUUUUAAUAUCUGAUGCAUUUUAUGAGUGCUGUGUAAGAUGGUUGAGAACAGAUGCUUUGUUCAGAGAGAGGAGGUUUACCGCUGGUUCUCCGUGUUGAGUUCGGCGCAGAGGGCUGAGUUCUUCUGCGGCCUUUUGGACCUAUGCGUUCCCAUUGAGCUGCGCUUCCUCGGUUCGUGUUUGGAAGACCUAGCCCGAAAAGACUACCACUCUCUGAGGGAUGCCGAAAUCAAAGCCAACAACCCGGCUGACCUCGCCAACCUGACCAACAUCACGGAUGAGGUCGUGAGGAGCAAGCUGCUCGUCUCACUCGCGCUCCUCAGCUCGGACAACCGCGUAGCGGCUGGAGUUUUGUUUCGCACCCUCACUCACAUCGACACCAUCAUUAAUAACUACGGACUUCAGCUUAACGAUGGCCAGACGGGAGAGCAGUUUUUGCUCCUCUUCACCAUGGCUUCGAACCAUCCCGCCUUUAGUUUUCAUCAAAAGCAGGUGCUGAGGCAAGAGUUGACGCAGAUACAGGAGAUCCUACAGGUGACAGUUGGUGAGGCGUCGUCGACGUCACAGGGGGGCGGGGCCUGUGCUGCUGCGCUCCCAAACGUGAGCGCGACCCCGACCUUUCCUUCCUACAUCACCGCUUCCACCUUCAACUCCUGCCAGGCCGGAUGUCCGUGCUGCAAGACUGUGCAACGGGAGGUCACAGGAGGUCAGACGGAUGAAGGCUUAGGUUCUGAGAUCGUGCCUCCAAGUCCGUCUCUCUUGUGUCAGGAAAUGCCACUCAAAGUGCACGUCCGAAAACCCAGCAAAGUUUAUGUUGAAAGAAUUGAACUAAGAGGAGUUACACACAAAUCAGACAAACCAACAGAAUACAUCCUGGAGGCCUUGUGGUCCGACUCCACUUUGUCGACUGUCAGCAAAACCCCUCAGGAAGUGCUGGAGUUCAUCUCCCAGCUCUCUCAGCUCUUUCCUGAUGAAUGUUUGGAGAAACUUCUGCCUCAGAUGCCUGGACUUGAUUCCACUCAUGACCUAGAUCCUCGAUGCUUGACCUCUUUUCCACCUCAUGUUCUCAAACACGACAAAGUCCGUUUCUUCUUCAGCACUUCUUCCGCACCGCAGCUCCCUGCUAGCACAAAUCUGGGAUGUUUGCUUCAGUAUAGGGGAGCGAGCAGGCCCAUUUGUGGUGUCGCCAGCAUCCAGCCUGUCCUAAGCGUCCAUUCCCCCCUCCCGCAGAGCUCCCCUGCCCACCUGCCCCCUCUUCCCCCUCAGACAGCGGUGGCCAUCCUCCCCGGCACUGCUGUACCCAUGGGGGAGGGCAGUCCACCACAGACACACCUCACAAACCCUGGAGCCCAAUCCCAGCAGCCCAGCCCGGAGCAGAACGGCAUCCUGGACUGGCUUCGUAAACUGCGGUUGCAUAAAUAUUACCCUGUCUUCAAACAGCUAACCAUGGAGGAGUUCCUCGCUCUCACAGAAGAGGAUCUCAACAAGUACGACCUCACUCAGGGGGCCAAGAAGAAACUGAAGACUCAGCUAGAGCUUCAGAAAGAGAAGCUGGAGAAGAGAUAUGUGGUGUCUCAGUUUCCUGUUUCCUGUGGUGGGGUUGCCAGAGUGACCCCUUCCAGUCACAUCGGACCCCUAACACACGUACACCCUGGAAGUGGCACUGAGCUACGGGUAGACGUCGAGAACAGCUCGUUGCCUAUCCCACGGGACAGCAGUUCCUCCUCUGGCUAUUCCAGUGCUCCUUCCAGUCCAAUGACCCCUUUUUCACGUGACACUUCCUUCGACCGGGUCAAAGACCCUCACAGACGUUUGGAGUCUUGUUUGGAUUCUGGCGAGAAAGAGCGGUCAUGCUUUCUCCUCAAUCCUGCGGUAUCCACCGGUCCUAGCCGUCCCACUGCCCAAGUCCUCCCAGUCCAGAAUGAUCCCUCCCUCUGUCCCUCCCAAAUGAGUUUGCCCCCUCCCUCCCUGCCCCUCCUCUCCCCAGGCCGGGUUCUCAACUCUCCCCGCAAACCUCGCCCACCCCCUCUCUGUUCAGAAGAACGUCCUAAACCAGUGGGGUCCGGGGUUGCUGUGGGUGUCCGACUUGAGAACAUGUUUCCUGGGCUGAGUCUUGACGGUACCCCGGGACACCAAGACAUGUCGGCCCCCCGCGGGCCCCUAGCAGUGCUUCGUUCCCCUCCAGGUCUCAUGGUGGAGACCAGCACUGCUCUCACUGCCACAUCUAACACCCUCCACCACGUCUCCCACCCACCCUUACACUUACAAGUGUCUUCUUCUGUACCACGUACAGGAUCGUACCCUUUUUCUACCCCGUCCUCCUGCCCGUCAUCAUGUUCCUCCACCAGACCCUCUUUCUCACCUGUCAGUGGAGUACCCAUAGGAACGGCCAGCAGCGUUCCCAUGGCGGCAGUACCUGGCAAUACGUACUGCAUAAACAGUACACCCGUGGUCACGCCCAGUUCUAGCCCAGCGUCCACAGAGAAUAGCGGCUACGCCUCUGUGCAAGCAAACAGCAUUAACUCCAGUUCCUCAUUAUGCGUUUGUAGCUCUUGCGGGUGUAGCCGUAACUGUGGCUCCUAUGGGGCGCUUCCGGCUAGCUACACUGGCUACUUUCCACAUCCGUUCUCAGGAACGUCAGUGUUCACUUUAGGUCCUUUGCUUCAUUUCAGCCCGCUCCUCACAGGAAGUGGUACCGCCUCUCCUUUUUCCUACCCCCUGGUAGCCCCACCUAUCUACAACAACAGCCUAUCACAUGACUCACAACAGAAUCUUGUGCUUCCCUCAGUGCAGGGUUUUCUUGGGGGAGGGGGCGGUGUGUACCAGCCCCAUGGAAUCAUGGGAAACGGAAGCUCUGGGCAUAAGAAAACAGGGAAUUUGUCCUGCUAUAACUGUGGGCUGAGUGGGCAUCGUGCACAAGACUGCAAGCAACCAGCAAUGGACUCUGCACAACAAGGGACGUUUCGUCUGAAAUAUUCUCCGCAGUCAGACAGCCAGGACUCAGGGGACUAAAUGAUGUGUAUGGACUGAUUUGGACCUGCACCUUCCUCAGUGUGUAAAGACACUUGAUGUGAGACCCCCACUGAGCAAAGACAUUACAGUAUCUCUUCACAGGAAGAUCGAGUGAUCGAGUUUGAACAGUUAUGGCUUCGAUGAAAGCCUUGUGCCAAAGAAUCACUUCACAGUGGAUCUUUGUAAAGGGAUGUUCAAAGAAGAACUCUUUUUGUGUUCUUCAGUACUCUUCACUCCAUUCGUUUCACUUGAGACUCGCUUGAGCAAGUCACUAUGGAGCAGCCAGCAGCGUUUCAAAUGAACAUUGAUCGCACAUGUCAUUCUUGGAAGCAAAACAACGAGGUAAACUGACAGAAUUUGCUUGCCAAAUAAUGUGCAAUGAUGACCAAGACUUUUUGCUCUUGGUGUGACAAGUCAACCUUUGGGAAUAAAAUACUGGCAGUUAUUUUUUUUCUGGAAAUUCAUAUGGGAAAGGAAAAACUGACAAUUGAGGAAGUGGAAAUGUUGUUUUCCAUCUCAAGAGGUCAUUUUUUAGCUUUUUGACCGGAAGUCUUCUUAAUCAUCAUGUGUUAUGUUUGUUGUUCUCGUGGUAUAUUUGUUAAUGUCCCGGUUUUUGCUACUUUUGCUACAUUUGCUACUUUUGAAUUAUAUUUUUUAUUACAUGUUCAAUGUUUUCUUUGCCAUAAAGGUGCCAUGUCAGGGUGACACUCCAAUAAAAGACAUUUAUACAGUCAAAGCACUCGAGACCGUUGAAGUAGAACUUUUUAAUUUACUACAAUUAUUAAAACUGUAAUGAAAAAGAAGAAAUUACUUCCCAGAUUUAUGAAUUUCAGCUUCUGAACUGAGAACUGAACACUAGAGGAAACACUAAAAAGGUCAAAACAGUGGGUUUUUCCACGUUAUUUCUCAAUUACAUGGGCAUAUACUUUUUCCAAAGUGUUGAAAAAGGUCGGACUUACACAAAAGACCCAUUUAGCCAAUAGAUGCCAUUCCAUUGUUGCUGUUUCAAAGCAAAUGGUAAUAUUUAUGAUCUGUGUUUUCAGUGUCUAGCUGCCUUUUACAGAACAUUUGUUUUUAAUUAUAGAUCUUGCAGUUGCUGGAUAUGCAUGUUGCCUGAUCAUGAAUUACUACAGGCUGUAUGUAUUAUGUGUAGUAUUAUUAUCGCAGGAAAGCUUUUGAAUUAAAACGACAAUGCUGACGCAGCCAUUUUGUAUUCAGAGGUGAAUGUUUAUUGAAGAUUGAUUGUUGAAGUUUUGUAUAAUGUAUCAAUUUGACACUUUUUAAAAUGAAUUAAAAAUGUUUUUGAGAA